CUGCGGGUAAGGCUUUGUUCCAUUCAAAUAAAAACCUCUCCCUUUCCUUCACAUCCUCCAGCAGCUACCAGGGAGGAAAACACCAGCCACAUCCAUAUAUAGCGAUCCUGUUAGCUGGGAAUGACUCUUGGCUAUCAGCGCAGGGGAACUCCAGAAGGCUGUCUGCACAGGAUUAAGCACAGAGCAUGCUUUAAGCUUCCCCACCUCCCCUUCAUGCAAACAGCCCUCACCACCCCCUCCCAAACCUGCCCGAGUAUGGCUGGCUGGAGGCACACAGGGGCUGCCCAUCUCAUGAGUUAAUCGCCUCCUGUUCAGAUGUCAGAAGGAGAUGAAGCUGCUAUAAAUAGUUCGUGAAGCCCUCAUGCUUUCAGCUGUGAUUCACACACGUGGCAGAGAAGCAUUAGGGAGAAUUAACAUUCAGUCUCUCAGGCACUUUCCUGAGAGAAAAAUCCAUUCUGUCCCUGUCACUUAAUCUCCUUGCCCAGGGGAGAUCAGCAGCACUUUCUGGAGGGCCUGCAUGGGUAAAAUGGACAGGGAAACUUGGAGCAGAACUAUUAAGGAGGAAAGACCAUUCGGCUGGAGUAACUGAGAAGCACCUUCCUGUGACAAGCAGCUACAUUUAGGAGCAUGGCUAAGAACUCUGCUCCACCCUUACUGGGGCUGAGGUCAGACAGCCUGGAUUUGUUAUGGCACGCACACACUGAGAUGCCUGACAAUGUCCUCUGGGACUGAGACAGCUUCUGGUGAUGCAAGCAUCCAGCAGUCGAGGCCUCCUCAAGCUCUCUGUUAUGGAAGUGAAGUGGAUUCAUGUGUUGGUCAUCUUCUUCUUCCUGCUAUCUGUUGCUAUGACAGGCUGCUUCCUGUGGCAAUACAGCCUCCCCAGGGUGGAGCCCAACCCAUCUGUGAUGGAAGUAAGAUCAGAAUCUGUGCAGAUGUGCCCACGCUACCCUGAACCAGUACCACUGGACCACCCAAUCCCCAUUUUGAAGGAUGCAUUGGAGAAGGUAGACUUGAUGCUGCGCCAAAAGAUUCAUAGCUCUGGCCUCCCCGCCAUGUCUGCUAUCGUUAUCUACAAUGACACUGUGCUCUGGACAGGCAACUUCGGAAAGAAGAAUGCUUCAGAUCCCUUCUCAGUGGUGCCCAAUGAGUACACUAUUUACAGAAUCGCCAGCGUCUCCAAGAUAUUCCCCACCCUUAUGCUGUACAAGAUGUGGGAGGAAGGGAAAGUCACAUCUCUUGAUGACCCUUUGGAACGUUAUGCCCAGAACUUUGCAAUUAAAAACCCUUUGGGAAGGUUCAAGGAAUCAGAACAGAGAUAUACAGCAGAUGGGCUGAUAUUUGUGGAAAAAGGUUCGAUACCACUUAAGCCAUCACCUGUUACCUUACGCAGAAUGGCCAGCCAGCUCUCAGGUCUUCCCAGAAGGCUGCGCUCUACCAGCCUGCUGUGGAAGGGCAGCACACAAGAAGCUCUGGCUCUCCUGAAGGAUGAUGUCUUGGUGGCUGAUCCUGGAACCAGAUGCCACUACAGCAAUUUGGCCUUCUCACUGAUGGCACACGUGCUAGCUGACCAUGCAGCUGAUGGACAAUACCAGCGAUGGAUCUCAGAGAACAUCCUAGACCGCUUGGGCAUGGAGGACACUGGCUUUGACAUCACACCACCUAUCCGCUCCCAAAUGGCGGUGGGUUUCUAUAGCAGCCAGCAGCCAGCCCCUCUCUAUGACCUCGGUUGGUACAGACCUUCUGGACAGAUGUACUCUACAGCUGCUGACCUUGCCAAGCUGGCAAUGGUCUUUUUAGGCACCUAUCACCGUCGUCUCUUAGAGCCUGACACAGUGAAGACAAUGCUGACACCUCUGUUUAAGUGCUCCACUGAAUACUUUGCCAACAAGACCGGCACGCCCUGGGAGAUAAAUGAGCAAUUGGGAUAUGACGUCAUUAGGAAGGAUGGAGACCUUGAUGGCUAUUCAGCUACUUUCUCACUGAUCCCCAAGCUCCGCCUGAGCUUCAUUGUACUGAUGGCUGGGCCCAGGCCUCAGGGUGGAGAUCUUGUGACCCAGACAUAUGGGUAUCUCAUUACUGCCAUGGAGACUGCAUUCAGAGAAGCAGAGAAAACACUGACUCCUCCCCCAAGUCCAGUCCCUUUUGUUGGCUAUUAUACCUAUUCCAACCUGACUUUCUAUGAGAUCAAAGUUGGACGUGGUGGGGUGCUGGUCAUGCAGCAGUUUGGGCCUCAUGCUGAAGAGCUGAUCCCUGAGAAAUACCGGACAAUCAAGCUCCACCAUCUGGAAGAUCGCGUCUUCCAAGUUGUUUUUGACAAGGAGUUCCCAUGUGUUCUACAUCUGGGCUCUGCCUCCAUCUCACUGGAGACCCAGAAUGGGCAGCUCUUUAAUUUUUAUCCAUUUGAUCGCAAGGGUUUGUCUCCUGGCUUUGAUGCACCAGGGUUGAACACGUACAACGUAGUGCGUGUACUUCGUAAACCUGUAUUCUAUAGCUAAAUGUCCCCUCUCCUUUUCUGACUAUUCCUGGGAGGUGACUCCAAAUUUGCAUCAUUCCAGACUCUCCUUCUAUGUGGCUUUUUGGACACCAUUUAAAUGGGAAAUAUAGCAAAUGACUAUUAUUUCCAACAAAUACAUCGUGUCUCACUUCUGAAAUGACUGCAGUGGUUUGCUGUCCCUGUCACUGCAUGGCAGAUUGGCUAGCAAUGAGGAUGCCUACAGAAAAAACAGGUAGAAAUGAGGUAGAUGAAUGGUGAUUGGAUGCCAUAAAAGCAAACAAACAAACAAGCAGGUUUUAUGUCUUCACAAUUAAAAUGCCUGUAUCAUGACCCUUGUGAUGACUGACUGGUACCAUCAAAGGGCUGGAAAAUUCCUGUGUCACUUUCAAGGCUGUUGAUGAGCCCACCUCCCACAACCAAGAUUUUUUCACUGGGUUUGCUCAAAAAAUGGCACCAACAUGAUAACAGGCUCUGCUUGUCAUACCUGGGAAGUGGGAUUCCAUUUCUUUCCAGGUUCACAUCAAGUAAACUGUGGAGAGCCAGAAGCAAUAUGGUUUUUCUGUGAGCAGGGUCAUACAAACACAUACUUGAACAUUCCAGGUGGAAUCAAGUUUGUUACUAUCUCAGUACAGAGUGUGAGCGUGAUAUUUGAGUGUGAUAUUUAAGUGUGUGAGUGUGGUAUUUAAGUUCAGGAACAUGUGGAAAUGUAUUUGAGUAUCUGGGGCACAGUAUCUGUGUAGAUAAAUACCUGUUGUGUUUGCACACCUGAGUGAGGAUGGGAACUGAAAAUGCAUUCCCCUGGGGAAUAGGAUAAGCGCCCAUUUAGGAUAGAUGCACCUCUAAGAAGUCUGCAAAGCAACAAAUUCGUUCUCUUCUCCCUUUUUCUGACCACUCCAUGUCAAGGCAAUCAGGAUAGAUGGUGUAUAUUAAUAGCCAGUUAUCAAUGGUAGCUGAUAUCAUAUCACUGCGAUGGCGAUGGAGUCGGACACCAUGCGAGCACUUCUCAAAGUGUGUAUUCCUCCAUAUACCAUCACUGGGUUGAGGCUGGGUGCUCUUGCAGAGUGAACUCCUCCUCCUGUUUGUUUGCUCAAACAGUCUUGAAAGUGGAUGCCUCUUAGAGAGGACUGGAAAGUAAGUCUCCCUGCAUAUGGUCUCUCUUGUUGUCUGUCCCUGAUUUUAUUCUGUGUGUAGUUCCUCGGCUCUAAUUUCAAGUAGAGAUACCAUCACUAAAGGCUUAGAAACCUAAUUGGCAAAUAUGGUUCCUUGCCUUUUUUCAGACAAUUUCAGUUCCUUGGCAAAAAUACAGAAUAACAUAAACCUGGCCUUUCAAUCAGUCAUGGUUGCUGCCGUAUAGGUUUCCUCAUAUAUAUUUAAGUAUUUAAUCUGGGCUGUGGAAACAAUACACUCAAUGCAAAUUCUCGCUGUAGGCCAGUAAUGUGAGAUCAUACCCAGAGAUAAGGAUGCAGACAUGAUGCACCGCUUUUGUAUUUCCUUUAGAGAUACCUAAACUAUGUCUUGGCGUGCCUGAUGUAAAGAGACUGUUCCUCUUGCUUUGGAACUUAUACAUCAGUUACCAUUAAAUGCCUCUGAGUGAUUAUAUCACGCUCCCACAAACCCACCAAGGCAAGUUCCACGUGCUUACAGUGGGGGAAGCAACCACUGGAUUGCUGGAAACAUAUCCCACGUCCCACAGCACUUCCCAAAGCACUGUCCUGGGCCUUGGCAAGCAAGUCUUAAGGUGACAUGGCACCCCAGAAGGAAUAGAGUCCGACAAUGAGACUCGCUUUUGAAACAGCCUCAUAGAUGUAAUUGUACUGUGUGUCACUUGUUUUGUAUAUUCUUUUAUCAUCAUUAUUAUUAUUAUUUUCCCUUCCUUUUCUGUCCUAUUAAACAACCUUUGUCUAAACCCCUGAGUUUUAUCUUUUUU